AUGAAUUCAGCAAAUGAUGAAAUAAAAAUGAAAAAAACAACCUCUUAGUUCUCAGUUAAGCCUACUGUCUUGCCGUAAGUAAUGUCUACUUGCAAAUUGGGUCGGUUUCCAAUAGACGGUAAACUCGGCGAAUCAUUUCAGGAAUCGAACAAAAGAUAUAACAGAUAGUAUUUCAGAAUCCAAACUUAGGCUGAGAAACAAGAAAAGGCAGAGAAAGAUAAAGGAAUUGAGGACAAGGAUGUUUUUAUUUAGAUGCAAAAUAAUCAAGAAGAAGCUUAUGAAGACAUGAAAUAGAAAGACUUGGUUGGACCAGAUUCAAUUAAAAAUUAUUACUAAACCUAUAAAAAAAUAACUAGAAUCAAGGAGUAGAAUAAGCUCUUCACAGUCUAGAACUCUGUCCAAACUAAUCUCAUAAUUAAAUCAGAACAACUAAGAUUACUGCCAUGUAAGAUGGGCCUAAUCAAACAGAAAGGAGAAUCCAAAGUAUUGGCCAUAGAAAAUCAUAAAUACGGCGAUAAAUAUGUUGAAGUACUAUCUGAAGGUUUGAGAACCCUCCCUGUAAUUUAGGAUUUCAACUUCAAUUAAAACAGAAUUAAGGAAAACGGUGCUUCUUUGCUAUUGCCUUUAAUAUCUAAAUAAGCGAGAUCUAUUGAAAUGGUAUCAAAUAUAAUUGGGAAAAAAGGAUUAGAACCAGUGUUAAAUGUGCUUCCAUUGCAAACUUGCAAAAUACAAGUCUUAAAUCUAGAAGAUAAUCAGUUGGGCGAUGUCUUAGCCUAAGAACUCUUCAAAGCCAUGUAAAAAAAUAAUACUGUCAAAUUACUUAAUGUAUCUAAAAAUCAAAUUACUAAUGUUUCUCAUACUUUCAUUAAAUAAAUGAUCGAAACCAAUGACUCUUUGGAAGAGCUGUAUCUUCAUUGGAAUUUAAUCAAAGGAAGUGGAGGUGCUGAACUUUUUAAAGCUCUGAUUAAUAAUAAGAACAUGAAAGUUUUAGACUUGUCCUAUAAUUUAUUAGGAUGUGGAGGUUCUAAUUUGACACCUGUUCUAAAAUAGUUUUUUGAAGAAAAUAAAGAAAUGAUUCAUUUAGAUUUAUCGGCAAAUCAAUUUAGUUUAGCUGAUAGUUAAUCAAUUUCAGAAGCGUUAAAGGAAAAUCAUACAAUCUAUGGUUUUCACUUUUCUGGCAAUUUUGGAUAUGUGGAUUCUAAAGGUUUCUUAAUCAUUUAGAAUGAAAUGAGGAACUUCAAUUAAAUACAUACAGAUUAUAGAAUUAGAGGAUGCGAAACUCACAGUAAACCAUAUUCAAAAGGUCCUAGAUCAGAAAAAUUAAUGGAUGUGUGUUGGAUUUGUGAUGGUUGGCAGGGUUAGAAGUUUUAAUGGAUUCCAAAUAAAAGUGGAAAUGCAUCAGAUGAACCGAUAUUCAUUCAUUUAGAUUUUGAAGGAUAUGAAGCCAUAUUUUUAGGUAAACCAGAUGAAAAUGGUAUUUACUAAACAAAUCGAAUGGUUCCAACAGGAGAAUUAGAUUAUUUUUAUACUGGAUGUUAGUUAUAAGUGGCAAGUCUGACUGAACCAUUAAAAGUUCAUAAUGAAAAAUUUAGAGUGAGAACUAAAAUUGCUGAUUAAAUUAUAGAUGUGUUAUUGGAUGAAACCAAUCACUAAACCAUAAACAAAGGGAAACCAGUUAUAUUAGAUUGGGAUCCAAAUUAUGAUGUAAAACCAAGAACUUGUGAUCCAAUAUAUAUUCCUGCUAAAAUGAAAAAAUAAAAGCGGGCAUGGUCAUUCCCAAUAUCAAUUUGGGCACCUAAAUACAAAUUUGAUACUGAAGAACUCUUACGUAAAUGUUUUGAGAGAGAUUGGAAUUGUUCAAAGAUAACAAAAUUUGUUAAGAAAAUUGAAGAAUAAGAGUAAAUCAAAGAAAUGUUAUGGCAAUCUUAUAAAUCAAUAAGAGAGACUUAUAGAUAUUAUUCAGCCAUAAAUCCAAGUGCUGAUGUAUUCUCUAUGUCUCAAAACCCAACAUCUGAAUUUGUGAAUUAAUGUUAAUUAAUUGAUGGAAAAUAAAUGAAAUUGGCUGAUGUAGAUUUAAAAUUUAUUGCUACUUGUAGUGCUUCAUAAUCAGAUUGGAAAGGUAAUUUUAGAAAUCCCGAAAGAUAUUUGGUCAGAUAUUAGAUGAUGGAAUUUUUGGUGAGGUUAUCAGAAGAUAAAUACAUUAGAAAUUAACCUGGUUCUCCAUCAUAUGUUUAAGCGACACGUAUGAUAUUAGAUUAAUGUCUGCCUCAUAUGUCUUAAUAUGAUUCUCAUAAAUGGAGAAUGGAAAGGUACUUUAUAGAAUAAUGUGAUGAUGUAUGUAAAAAAUACAAACAAGUAAUUGAUUAUGUGUACAUGCAUAAUUCAUAAAAAAAGGUGAAGCCAGGACAAGCACCAUUCAUGUGUCUUGAUGAAUUGAAGGAUGUGUGCAAUAAGGCCAAUCUUUUUGAUGAAAACUUUGUUGAAAGAGAUGUUAAUUUAGCAUUUUGUUUAUCUAUGUUGACUUAAGUUGAUGAAUUAGAAAGUGAUAGACUAUUUUAAAUGUAAUUGAUUGAAUUCAUGGAAGCGUUGGGAAGAAUCGCUGAUAAAUACUCUCCAAUAGGAAUUGGAAAGUAAAAUGAAAAAGAGUGGACCUAUGAGUAAAGGUUUGCUCAGCCUCUGUACUAUAAACUAGAAGCCUUUAUGAUUCAUUUGAUCCAUACUUCAGUCGACGAAGAAACCAAAAAGAAUUGGAAGAUACCAACAGUUUCAAUGUUCGAUUUAAUUGAGGAAGAUGAUUAAUGAUAUUAUAUACUUAUAUUAACUGAAUUGAGUUACAACUAA